GCACGUUUAGUUAUGAAGUGACAGGCUUAUUAAAAACGUUCAUUAAUUUUAUGAGUUUUUAUAUGAUACGAAUUUAGAUUUUUUUAAUUUUCAGAGAAAAUUUUGAUUUUGUUAUUUUAAACGGCAUACAUGACUGUCAAUAAUAACUUGAAAAUGUUUCCAAAUAUUAUUGCGCCAUCUCCUAUAUACCAGAGUUUAUUCCGAACACCUCUUCUGCAGCAAGCCCCCUCAGUGACCGGGUCUGCUUCAUUUUUAGUGGAAAAUUUACUGCGCGAACGGACAUCAGGAUUUCUAACUCGGCCUCCACACGGACUGGCUACGAACGCAAUACACCACGAAAGAGACAGUCCUCCAGCAUCAAAUUCUAGCCCAGCGCCGUUUCUUAAAUUUGGAGUUAGUGCCAUUCUAGGAAAAGAAUCACCUAAAACGUCAUCAAAUUCUGGGUCACCAGUAGUUGGGAGUAGCGGCAUAUAUACAAUAUCAUCACCGAGUCUUCCUACUUUCUCCACGGCAUGUAAUAAAGCGUGUGGUUAUUCCCUACACGGUGGUUUUCCGUGUAACUCAUGUAAUCUUCCACGUCAUGGUUCCAUUUACGAUGCACAUUUUAACAACAUGCUUAGACCACCAUAUUUAUCGGGUUCGUUUUUACCAAUGCCUAACGCCUUCACGUUUCUCAGUAACAUGCGAGGCAAACCAAGAAGAGGGAUGUUAAGACGUGCUGUAUUCUCAGACGCCCAAAGAAAAGGUUUAGAAAAGAUGUUUCAGAAACAAAAAUACAUCAGUAAACCAGAUAGGAAGAAACUCGCCUCAAAACUAGGUUUAAAAGACUCACAGGUAAAAAUCUGGUUCCAGAAUCGUAGAAUGAAGUGGAGAAAUUCUAAAGAACGCGAACUCUUAUCAUCUGGUGGAUCACGCGACUCCACUUUACCAAAUAAGAACAAUCCUAAUCCUGAUUUAAGUGACGUCAGAGAUGAUAACCUCAUAAUUGAUGACGUUGAAGAACACGAGGCUGGAAUUUCUAACGAAAGAUAUUGUUCACCUAUCAACAGUCCUGUGCCGAACAGUCCAGAAUGCCUCGAACAUUUAGACACAAUUGAUGAAUUACAUCAUUCAGAAGACGACUCUGAUGAAGAAAUCGAUGUGUCUUGAAUACUUUGUCCUUAAAAACUAACAUGUAGCUUCCAGUUGUAAAUGAUUAAGAUUAUAGCAAAUCAGUGCUGAAACGUAUGAGUACUUUAGUAUAAUGUUGCUGAGAGCCUAUGCGUAUAUGACAGGGAAGAUAACUCUUUCACGGUUUCUCGUGAUGUGAUAAAUGCAGGGCGUUUAUCGUUGGAUCUGUCGGAAAGGUGAACAGAGCUAUUAUUAUUCAAUGGUACUUACUCCAUUACCGUUACCACGAGUUUACCAUUAAGCAAAUUAGAAUAUUAUGUUCAAAGCAUGGUGACUUGAGAAUGGGAUAAUCCUAUUCAGGGCAUCGUGAAUACCCUAUCUUAUAAUGCUCUUUUAAAAAUAUGUGCAAUAAAUGAACAUUAUUUGUUGAAUUUUAAACUGUUGUGUAUCAAGAUUGCUGGAUAUUUAAAUGUAUCGUACGAAUGGCGUGUUCCGUCAAUUAGGUUAUGUUCGACCAUGUCACGUAGCAAAUAUCUUCGCAAUAACGACGAGAAUAAGAAUAUAUUCCGAUAAACCAAUGGUAUUAAUACUAGCAGUUCAAUAACAAUUGCUACAUCAGAUAGCAAUUUUGGGAUAUUGUUUUCAUGGAGGGUUAUUUUCAUUGGUCGGCCAUUUUCAAAAGAGUCGACAAAUCAUCUAUUAGGCUAAUUGAUAUAUUCCAUUUUGUAGGUAAUUAUAUGAUCUAAUUAUAAGAUAAGUUAAAGACCACUGUGUAUUCUUUUAUGUAAGAUUUAGAUUAAAGACUGGUCGUUCUUGCUUUAAUAAUUCAAAAAUAGAUAAUGAUUAUAUUUAAAUAUUUCAGUAAAAUUAGGCUACUUUAUUCUGGUGGAAGUUAUGACUGCUUGAAGAUGUAGCGUAGAUCGUUUAUUAUCGCAGCAACUGUACUGGACAACUGAGACUAUGUCUCGAUUAUCCAUUUUAUCGUUAAAUGUUAAAAUCUCUUCGGUGUUCAAAUCAAUCGGUCAUCUGAGGUCCAGAGUGUUGGUUAUCGCCUGGUCAUGUGAAUAAAUAUUUAAAUAAUAAUUUAUGUAGGAUUUCAGGCCAGAAAAAAAGACCUGCAAUAGACAGAUUUAGAUCCUACAUAGUGCAUCUUUAAUGAGCUAAUUCUACAUGUAUGUAAACGUUGUUCUGUACCAGAAUAAAAGGUAGAAAAAUAGAAUAAGCUGUAUACUAAGCACACCACAGUGACACUUGACUGUUUAAUAAUAAUUGUAUUAAUUUAUAUAUUAAUAAUUACCUAGGAAGAGCUGGAAACUGUUGUAUCUAUCUAUCGUAAAAGCACCAAUAUUAAUUGAUAUAACUUAAAAGACUGGUUUGUUACAAUGUUGAAUGUUGACCUCGUUAAUGUUCUUUGACCAGUGAAUAAUGUUAUAAAGUUUAACAAACACAGAAACGUAUAAAUAUUCAUUCGUUAACUAAAGUGCUAAAUCUAGUUUUAUUACAAUUUGUUUAUUAUAGUUUAUAUAAUCAUUAUAUAUAUAUAUUGUAUUGCAUUUUGUAUAUAUGUAUAAAUACAUAAAAAAUAAUACUAAUUGAA